AUGUUACAUGACGACGGCGUUAGAGGUCACGAGAGGGCAAGGGAGUGGGCGCAUCGUGUUGGCGACGUCGAGGCGGUCACGACGCGCGUCAUGGCGCAGCAGGAGAGGGACGGGAGCGUCGUCGUCGUCAUCGUGUUCCCGGCACCGUGGCGGACGGUCGUCGACGAUGGCGUUCGCUACGUGGCGUGCGAGGGCAGGUACAUCAUUGUCAUUGAUGAUAUAUGGGAUACACCAACAUGGGAAAUAGUGAAAUGUGCUUUUGUUGAUAGUAAUCGUGGAACACAAGUCGGAUCAUUUAAUGUCACCGGGUGUCAUAUUGCUGCGAUGCCAUCACGUUUAGGAUUUCAAGCAUUGCGUGUGCUAGCUAUAGAAGACUGCACUUUUAUGAAAGAUUAUGCCUUUCAUCUUGAAAACCUUGGGAGGUUGCAUCAGCUGAGGUAUCUCGGACUGAGAGAGACACCUAUUAGUAAACUUCCUAAAGAGAUAGGGGAACUUAGGUUUCUGCAGACAAUAGACUUGUGGGAAUGUAAGAAUGUAGAGGCAUUGCCGCAGAGCAUUAUUCUCCUACGACAAUCGAAGUGCCUCCGGACUGGAGGUGCAGCAUGUAAGCCCAUAAGUGUGCCGGAUGGGAUGGGGAACCUAACAUCCAUGGAAGAGCUAUGGCUGAGAUAUGUCGACAAGUGUCCAAACUUUGUUCAAGAGCUCGGCAAGUUGACCGAACCGAGGAACCUUAAUAUUUGUAUUGAACUUCCCGAGAGUUGGAUGUGCAAGACAUUUGUAGAAUCUCUAGGCAAUCUGCAGAAAAUACAAGUCCUAUCUCUUCAUGCUCUAAAUGCAAAGCUCAGCUGGGAGGGCUAUGCUCAUGACCUGGUGACACUUGGGGAAUUUCCGGAGCUCCUACGUCUCGAAAGAUGUGGAAGUGACAACGACAUCCCUGUUGUUAUGGGUGGCAAUGCCUUCCACAAGCCGAGGAGCUGCAACAUGACUCGCACCGUUGAGGCGGUUAUAUUAACGUUGACGGCCGCGGCGCUGCUUUUCACAGAGAUCAUGCUGAUGUCAAUGAAUGAGCAAGUUGGUUCUAUCGGAGGCUUCUACGACCAUAUCUAA